ACAGGGACAGGAAGGGGUGAUGCAGCAGCCUCAAUCCUGCUGAGAGCUUUAGUUGAAAGGAGUCAGGGAGGUUGUGGGCUCAGUAUUUUUCAGUGGUGACUUAUAAAAGGGGAAGACAUAAUUGGGUUACUUUUUAUUUUUAUUUUAGGGGGAAAGUUUGGAAUGUUGUUUCUUGCUCUUCCUCUGCCCCUGACUUGCUGAUACAGGACAUUCUCCUCAGUUGUCAUUCUCAUCCCGACAGACUGCAGAGUAACCUCUGUGCUUUGCUCCAGGCCACUGGGAAUGGACAUGGCUGCAGAACAGGUGGUGCAGAUGCUGGUGACCUUCAAGGAGGCAGCUGUGCAUUUCACUGAAGAACAGUGGAAUUUGCUGGACCCCGAUCAGAGAUCCCUCUAUACGGAUGUCAUUCAGGAGAUUUAUGAGAUGGUGGUUUCACUGGGUUCCCUCUCCCCCAGCACAGAGAAUGGUCCCCCUCUGGAUGCUCUCUCAGUCCCAGCAGGUUAUUGGAUGGCAAGUGAGAAUGAGGAGGAGAGUCCCCAGCAAAAAGGUCCUGAGCAACUGGAACCACAUGGGAUGUUAUGGGGAAGAGACAAAGGGGAUGACUCUCUGGCAUGUGCAGAUCAGUACAGGACAGAGAGGCAGCAGAGAAGCCAUCCAGCAAAGAGACUGGCUCAUUCUGACACUAAUGGGAAAGAGCACAAAAACCUCAAUGUCGAGACACAGCCAAGGGUGUGCUUGGGACAGGGGCAGUAUGUGUGCACUGAGUGUGAGAAAACCUUCAGCAGGGGCUCCUCCCUCAAUAGACACCUGAGAACCCACACGGGAGAGAAACCCUAUCAGUGCCCUGAGUGUGAGAAAAGCUACGCUUCCAAAUCAAGCCUCGUGGUCCAUCAGAGAACCCACUCUGGGGAGCGACCCUUUGUAUGCCCCGACUGCAGGAAAUGCUUCAUAUCAAAAAAGUCCUUAAAAAAGCAUCUUAAAAUUCAUAAGGCAAAGAGCCGCCACCAGUGCCCCGACUGCAGGAAAAGCUUCACAGACAGCUCCUCCUAUGAUAUUCAUCGGUUGGUUCACCUGGGACAGCUACCCUACCAGUGCCUGGAGUGUGGGAAAGUCUUCCUUGAACGUUCGUCUCUGAACCAGCAUUGGCAGAAACAUGCAGAACAGACAUCUUAUCCGUGCCCUGAAUGCGGGGAAAGCUACAGUGCUCACUCAGCCCUGGUCACGCACAGGAGAACUCAUGGGGUCUGCAAGCCCCAUGAGUGCCCCAACUGUGGGAGAGGCUUCAAGGAGAAUGCAACCCUUGUUAAACAUAUAAGGAUCCACACUGGGGAGAAACCUUAUCAGUGUCCUGAUUGUGGAAGGAACUUCCGGGUCAAGUCAACCCUUACCAUCCAUCGGAGACUCCACACAGGAGAGAGACCCUAUCAAUGCCCUGAGUGUGAGAAGGCCUUCAUCUCCAGCACAGGCCUAACAAAACACCAGAGAAUGCAUCUGAAAAAGUGAUCGUUUAGCAGCCUUCACUCUGGCAGGCCAAAGUUUGCUUGCUCCAACAAGUAUCUUCAUGUAUGCAUCCAAGAACCAGCAAGAGAUGACCCCAAGCUGGCUGGUGACCCUACAUCCAGCUGUGCCUAGCAUAAGGACCCAGGCAGAAGAGAUGCACUGCAACCAGUUCCAUGCCACAGGUCAUCCGGGUUCUUCUGUCUCCUGACAACUCACUGGGGGAACAGAGACAGUACCAUUAGCUCUGUCUCCCUGGAGUGGGAUCACCAUCCUUCCCAUGUCCUCCUUCCCAUCCACGGAGACUUAGAGAAGAAAAUAAGGUUCAGGGUUUGCACUUGCUCAGUAGUAACCUUGGACCAGAAGAGACUGCCCACACCAUCAUAUCCAGUUUUUACACCAUCAUAUCCAGUUUUCUGUCACCUGAAGCAAACUCAGAAAUGAAUGCCUGGAAAUAUUGGGAACUGCUGUAAUAGAUAUUAAGGCAAUAAAAGGCUAAAAAAAAUCCACUCCAGUCUCUUCUUUAAGCAG